GGGAGAUUUGCUCGAAAUCCGACAGGUGCAUUGGCCGCACCGGACGAAGACCGAGACUGUCGUUCGCCUCAUGGAGUCAAGUCCUUUCGGGGAGUGGUCUCGUCCAAUGGUGCGAGCCCAACAUUACAAAGCCUCCGCUAGUAGGUUCAAGUUGAGGAGCAUUGAGGAGCAGGGGACGACGGGCGCUCAGUGUUGUGGCAGAACACAAGCGCUGACAUCAUAGGCCUCAUCUUCAAGCUCUCUUCACCGCACUCUGAAGAGCCUUAGCGGAGUCGGCUCCGAUGUCUUAUAAAGCUACAAAUGUCGAGCACAAAACCCACCCCUCUCAGUUUCCCCCGUCUCUCCCCGUCUUCCAACCACAUGUGAGUGUGGUUUGAGAGGUGGCAGGAUGGCUCUGCGCUGACCCCGCUUCCAGAAACUUACAACAUGACGUCCGCCAUUCCGAAGACGAUGAAAGCGUUGAUCACACAAGCCAACAAGACAGUCAAGGUCGAAGAAAUCCCCGUACCAGAGAUUGAUGAUUGGGAAGUCCUCGCCAAGGUCGUCGUGGUCGCUCAGAACCCGACCGACUGGCAAUACAUCGACACUGUGACGAACGUAGGGACCAUCAGUGGCUGCGACUGGUCUGGCUACAUCGUCAAACUCGGGAAGAAAGUCACGGAGCUCAACGCGACAGGCCUCAAGGUCGGCGACCACGUCGCCGGCUUCACGCAUGGCGGGACGUACAAGGAUCGCGGAGCAUAUGCCGAAUACGUGAAGGCAACGUACGAUCUGUGCUGGAAGGUCCCGGAAGGCACGCUCUCGCACGAACAAGCCGCGACUAUGGGCUGCGCGUACUGGACCGCCGUACAGAGCCUCUUCCAUCCGACGCGCCUUGGCCUCGUUGAACCCCCCAACAAGGUGGAGAAGGAGCAAUUCGUCUUCAUCUAUGGUGGAAGCAGUUCCGUUGGCAUGUACGCGUUGCAACUCGCUCAUGCCGCUGGAUACAAGGUUGUCACCGUCGCUUCCGCCAAAAACCACGCGCUUUGCAAGUCUCUUGGUGCGGACUACGUCUUCGACUAUAGGGAUCCAGAUGUCGUCUCGAAGAUCAAGGAGACAACCAAAAACUCACUGCACCAUGCGCUGGACACGAUCUCCCAAGAGUCCACGCAGACCCUCGCGCUGAACUCCUACGGUCCUGGCCCAGGAAAGCUGAUUACUAUCCAGCCCUUGCAAGAGAAGGCCAAGCAAUUGCGUGACGACGUGGAGAAGCAAAUCACACUGAUUUACACGUCCCUCGGCCGCGAGGUCAACUGGAACGGCAUAAUAUUCAAAGCGUCCCCUGAGGACCACGCGCAUAUGGCUCAGUUCCUAUCGAAGACACCUGGACUCGUGGCUUCCGGUACGGUCAAGCCUAACCCGAUCAAAGUGUGGGAGGGUGGCUUGAAUGCCAUCUCGGACGGUCUGCAGCACAUGAGGGAAGGGAAGCACAGUGGAGAGAAGAUAGUGUAUCGAAUUGCGUGAGCGAGUCGGGUAUGUCAUGUAGUCAAAGUCAAUUGUACAAUUAGAUGCAUCGUCCACAAACGUAUCACCUUAGACUUGGA